AUGGAACAAUUACGAGCCCCGUUCUCCCACAAGAACAGUUCCACUCUCUACUACACUCUGAGCGUCAUUCUUGGGACGGUGGCACUGUCAUAUGGCUCGGUACCCAUGUACAAAAUGAUCUGCCAACAGACUGGUUGGGGUGGCCAACCUAUCAAGGCUUCCAUUCAUUCAAAUGCCGAAGACCCAGCCACUCGACUUACGCCCGUGACCGACUCCCGUCGUCUACGCAUAACUUUUAAUGGAUCAGUAUCGGACAUAAUGCCUUGGAAGUUCACUCCGCAACAGCGAGAGGUCCGAGUCCUGCCUGGGGAGACAGCGCUCGCGUUUUAUACCGCGACGAACAAGAGUACUGAGGACAUUAUUGGGGUUGCUACCUAUAGUGUAACUCCAGCACAAGUGGCGCCAUAUUUCAGCAAGAUUCAAUGCUUUUGCUUCGAAGAGCAAAGGCUCAACGCUGGGGAGACUGUCGAUAUGCCGGUUUUCUUUUUCAUCGAUCCGGACUUCGUCAACGAUCCUACGAUGACGAAAAUAGAUACGAUCACUUUGUCUUAUACAUUUUUCAAGGCACGAUACGAUAAGAACGGGAAUCUAACCCCAAUGCCGAUGACAAUGGGAUGA